CCCAGUACAAAUAGGCAGAAGGCCCACAGGCUAAAAGCUUCUUCAAUCCUCCUCUUUCCCUUCUUUGUCUCUUCACCCUCGGUUUCCCGGGUCUCAGGACUUCAAAGCUGGUUUUGGAUCAUAAUGGAGGAAGAGAAGGAUGCUUUCUAUGUAGUCCGCAAGGGAGAUAUUGUUGGCUUGUAUAAGAGUUUCAGUGAAUGCCAAGCUCAAGCUGGAUUUUCCGUAUGUGAUCCUUCCGUAAGUGUGUACAAAGGAUAUUGUCUGCCGAAGGAUGCUGAAGUAUUCCUUGCCUCACAUGGGCUUAAGAAUGCAUCCUAUGUAAUCAAUGCUGCUGAUGUGAAAGGUGAUAUUUUUGGCAAACUUCAGGCUUGCCCUUUCCAGCAACCAGGUUCUUCUAAGGGAACAUCUAACCAGGAUCUCCCACAAAAGAGAUUGCACGAAGCAAUUGAAUCUAUAAAUUUUCAGGGAGCAGUUGGACCAAAGUCAAUUUCAACAAAUUGUCAGAGAAAACAUUCUAGGUUAGAGAACUGUAUAGAGGCUCAAGCAAUGUCUUCGAAUUGUCACUCCUGGCUUCUUCAGUUUGAUGGUGCUUCAAAAGGAAAUCCUGGACAAGCUGGUGCAGGAGCGGUGCUGCGAGCUGAUGAUGGAAGUGCGGUUAUCCAUUUGCGUGAAGGUGUUGGCAUUGCAACCAAUAAUGUUGCUGAAUAUCGAGCCUUGAUUUUAGGAAUGAAAUAUGCUCUUAAGAAAGGCAUUAAACGCAUACGUGCCCGGGGAGACUCUCAACUUGUUUGUAUGCAGUUUCAAGGGUUAUGGAAAACUAAAAACCAAAACAUGGCCGACCUUUGUGAAGAGGCCAAGGAGCUCGGCAAAAAGUUUUUGUCAUUCCAGAUUGAGCAUGUCCUUAGGGAAUUCAACUCUGAAGCUGAUGCUCAAGCAAAUCUAGCUGUAAAUCUAAUGAAUGGUCAAGUUCAAGAGGAAUAUAAAAAGUAGUUUGAAGGGGCUACUGCUUAGAAGAGGUUUUACAGCUGCUGCUCUAAUAUCAAACAGAUCAACAAAUACAACAAAAUUAAAACAGUAUCUUGAAACGACCUGCUCAGCCCUUGAUGUUGCACUGUUACUCUAAUUAUCAUUUUCCGGUUUCGAAGUUAUGAAUCCUUCUUGAAUUCCUGCAUCUUGGGCAUUGGGGGUUCAAUUAUGUUAUCAAUGAAUUCCAUGAAUAGAUGAUAUAUUUAAGUAGAUUUUUUAGUGCAUGUGUCUGUUUUCUUCUCCUUUAAGUGGUUCUUCCUCCCUUAUGUUUUGGCUUAUAUUCUGGGCCAAUUGUGGUGAUCUUGCAACUGAGAAAUGGUUCUAAUUGGCCAAUGCCCAAGCUCACUUGAGUGUUACAUGCACUGCCAUGUUUUUCUAAA